AUGGGAGGCAGCAAAUUGCGGGAGGCAGCAGGAGGCUCUUUGACAGAGAGGGGCCCCCGGCCGGGCACAGUGAACUUGAGGGGGGAAAUAAUUUGCAGCAGCAAGGCCUCCACGGGGGGCCCCUGGGGCCCCUUUCCGACCCACCGGCAAGAUCUGCCUGCGCAGCAGCCCGCUGAUAGCAGCCAAGAUCAGCUGCAGCCACCAGCCCCUGCUGCAUGCACUCAGGAGAGGCCCCCGGCCCAGUUCUUUGAGGCCUUCGGAGCUGCAGAAAGCCCCGCAGGUCUUGGGGGCCCAGAGGGAAGCUGGGGAAGUGAAAGUGCCCAGCUGCAGUCGGCGCUGACUCGGGGGGCCCCCGAGAAGCUCGUGGGGUCUUACUUCCUGGGGCGCACCAUAGGAGAGGGCACUUUUGGCAAAGUGCGCGUGGGAACGCAUGCAUUGACGGGCGAAUGCGUGGCCAUUAAAGUCAUGGAAAAGGACAAAUUAAAGGCAGCAGAAGACGCAGAAAGAGUCCUCAGAGAAAUACACAUUUUGAGGGCCGUCAGACACCCCCAUGUCAUACACUUGCUCGAGAUAGUGGAAACUGCUUCCCGUUUGUACUUGGUGAUGGAACUCGCUAACGGCGGGGAGCUGUUUGACUUUAUUGUGCAAAGACAGCGCGUAGACGAAGACACAGCGCGGCGGCUUUUCAGGCAAAUCCUCUCGGGAGUAGAGGCGCUGCAUUCCAUGUGCAUCUGCCACAGAGAUUUGAAACCUGAAAACUUGCUGCUGGAUUCAUCAUUGAACAUAAAGAUUGUUGACUUUGGCCUCUCUAACAUCUAUAGACACAAAACAAUGCUCAAAACUGCAUGCGGAUCCCCCUCUUACGCAGCACCAGAGAUUGUGCAGGGCAAGCUCUACUCGCCGCUGGCCGUCGACAUAUGGAGCUGCGGGAUUAUCCUGUACGCACUCUUGGUGGGUCGCCUCCCCUUUGAAGACAACACAACUGAGGGUCUUUACCGCCGCAUCGUCAGCGGCAAUUUCGGCUGCCCCAAAGACAUCAGCCCGGAGGCCAGCAAUCUGCUGAGAGGCAUUCUCCACACGAACCCUCUCAAGAGGCUGGGGCCUCUCCAGAUCAAGCAGCACCCUUGGCUGAGCGGCAGCAAAGGGUUCGUGCAAAUCCCUCGCGGCCUCUUCACUUCUCGCUGGCCCUUCGGGCCCCCCGUUUGCUGCGUGGCCGAUUGUCGGGCCUGCGCGGAGUGGCUGCGGCCUCCCUCAGUUCAGACUCUUUCUUUAGCUAUUCCUUGGCUGCUGCAUCUCUGCUGCUGCAGCAGCGACUGUGGGUGCUGCAGCUUUCAUCUGCUCUGCACAAAGAAACGGCGAGAAGAGGAGGCGGCGGCUGCGAGGCAGCAGCAAAGACAGGCGCUGCCUGACAGUCAGGGCGUGCCGCAGCUUGCAUCCCCUUAUCCUUCUCCAGAGCGCCUAUCUGCUGCUGCAGCAACAUCUGCUGCUGCGGCAUCUGCUGCAGCAGCUGCCGCAGCAUCUGCUGCAGCAGCAAGUGGCCCGGCAGCCACUGCUGCGGUGGCGCCUGCUGCUCCUCUACCUCAGCUGGCCCCAGCCUGCCCUCCACUUGAAGCAAAAGGAAUGCGAAGAGGCCCGCUGAACUCGGGAGGGCUAAUGGGGCCCGCAGUUGCUGCAGGGAAAAGGACCCUGAAGGGGCCUUGCAGGUCAGUGGAGUCUUUGCCUCUUUGUCUGCAGCCGGCACUGCAGCAGCAGCAGCAGCAGCAGCAGCAGCAGCAGCGACAGGUAAUGGCGAGGCAGCUGAAGGCGAUUGACCGCCGCUGCUCCCCGAAGCCGCGAGCUAAAGCCAAAAGUGGCGCAAAGCUUACGGGAAGCAGUGGGGGCAGUUCAGCUUUAUCAUCUCCCAAGGCGGAGGCAGCCCAAGCCCAGCAGCAGCAGCACCAGCAGCACCAGCAGCAGCACCAGCACCAGCACCAGCAGCAGCACCAGCAGCACCAGCAGCACCAGCAGCACCAGCAGCACCAGCAGCAGCAGCAGAAGCAGCAGCCCUCAACAAAUGAAAGUGACCCACUUUCACCCCGCUUCGGAGGGAAGGUAGAGGCCUCGGCUAUGACCCUUGCUCUGCCUUGUGAGCGCAGCAGCAGCAGCAGCACGGAGACUGCAGAAGAGAACUGCUGCAGCCCCGACACUCCACACCAGUGCCACCUACAGAGUGCUUCAAGAGAGCGUUUUGAAGCCCUGCAGCGGCAACAGCAGCAACAGCAGCAACAGCAGCAGCCGCAGCUGCUCCAGUCUGCGCAGCCGCUGCAGCAGCAGCCUUCCUGCGGUGGAACACUGCAAGCAGCACAGCUGGUGCUGCAGCAAAUCGUGCUGCGGCAGCACCAACAGCUGCGGAACGAGCAGCUGCAGCACGACCUUGAAAAAAGGGGAGGCCAAAGGACUGAAGACAGAAGCCUCAGAGGGCCCCUGACAGCACGAGAAGUUCAGCAUUCCAGCCACCGAUUUGCUGCUGCUGCAGGACCCCCCAAGACUCCGCGGCGAAUGCUGCAGUCUCUCUUGUCUCCCCGCUGCUCGCUCACCCCAGUUACACUGCAGCAGGGGCGGGGGGUUCGUCCGCAGCAGGAGGUGGCGGUCUUUGCUGCUGCUGCCACAGCAGCGCGAGCAGCAAAAAGAGGGCUUGCCUCUGCUGCCGCUGCUGCAGCUGUAGCAGGACAAGCUGCCGCGAGCGCUUCUAAGGGCCCUGCAGCAAACGAAACUAUGCGCGGGCAGCUGGGCCCCUCAGCAGCAGCUUGCAGAACAACAGCCCCAGGCCCUCCAGCGUCUGCUGCAGUGCAGCCAGAGGCCAGCGAUGCUGUUUUGCUGCUGCAGUCGAAAUGCGGCAAAAGCAGCAACCUCACGCUCAAUCGAACAAUAUCUGCUACUUGCAAUUUUGCAAAGGCCUCUGGCAGCAGCAGCAGCAGCAGCAGCAACACCAGGCGAGUGCAGCGCCUUGCAGUCCAAGCCAGGAGCAAAGAGCUCGAAACGCUUACCUCUGCCACUCCCAGGGGCCCUCCGGCUCCCUGGAAAGCUGCAGCAAAUGCCACAGGAAACAGGAGCAGCAGCUGCAUCAGGGGAAGCAGCAGCAGCAGCAGCACGGCUCGGCCUGCACCCUCGACUUCUGGGGGCCUCAUUGUUCCCAACAGGCUUGUAAAGCCCUUGAGCGCCUGCGGCGAUGUUCGUCAGCAGCAGCAGAAAACGCCGGAACAGCUGCAGCGCCAUUUGCAGUGUUCCUCAAAGCUCAGCAGUGGACAGGGCCGCCGCUUAGUGCAAAGCCAGCAGCAGCAGCAGCAGCAGCAGCAGAAGCAACAGGCAGCAGCGGCCCCUGAACAAGUCCAAGCAAUGACUCAGAACCCCCAGCUGCUGCGGCAGCAAGCGGAACCCACUGGGACCCCAGCUAAGACCUCAGCUGGAAAUGGCCUACAGAAGGUCCUCCCACUGCCUCUGGGCGCCUGUAGGGGCUCGCUGCAAGCCGGUGGGGCUGCAGCAGCAGACACAGCAGCAGCAGCAGCAACAGCAAGGGGAGGCUCAUACACUCACCGCAACCUGGCGCUGCGCCGCAACCCUGUGGCGCCCCCAAAGUGUACAGUUCGGAAAUCAACGGCUGAAGAACUCCCAGCCAGAGCCUGCAUGACUGCUCGGAUGUCGCUGGGCCGCAGUCUCACUGCAGCAGCUGCUGCAACAAAGGCAGCAGCAGCUGCUGGCCACGAAGACAAAGGAGCGGGGGUCCCCAGGGCGCUAUCCACAAGACUCCGAGAGGGAACUCUCCCCACAAGAGCUCGGUUCCCUUCUCUGAGAUCUUUCGCAGCAGCAAAAGCCAAGUCCGCAGCUUCUGCGGCAGGGGCUUCUCAGGUGGCGUUCUCAGCGCAGAAGCAGCAGCAGCCUGCAUGCAAUGCUGCUGAGACAGAGCAGCCGAAUGUACCAGCUGCAGCCUCCACUCGCACAGCCCUGCGUCUGGGCAGGCCCGGGGCCGCAACAGCAACUGCUGCUGCAGCACCAGCAGCAAAUUUUUCUCGUGCUGUGCAAAAGCCCCGACGGCGAUCAGAAACAACCGACAGUUUACGGAGAAGCAACAUAAAAGCGGCUGGGCUGGACCAGAAACCUCCGCUGGGAGUCGCAGCAGCAGAGAACCGUGCGCAGCUCAGACUGGCUCUUGGAGGAGCAGCUACAGUUCCGAGCACAAAACUGCAGCGCCUCACCAGCAGCAGCGGUUACACUGCAGCAGCAGCAGCAAAACAAAUUGCAGCUGCUAAAGCUCUCUCCCAUGCUUCAUCUGCGGGCGUAACAGGGUCCAUGCUAGCUGCAAAUAGGAGAUCCCUGGACAAGCAGGUGGACGCUAGAGCUAGCAGCAAAUCAAGCAGCAGUUACUGCAGCAGCUACGGAGUAUCAAGUGCUGCUGGCGCUGAGCCAACUGUGUCACUGAAUCCUGCUGGGUUCCCAGAAAAGCCGCAGCAGCAGCACGCCGAGAGGAAGGUGCAGCACAAGCGGGGGGGCCCUCUGGCCCGCCAUAGAGUAGCUGGGAGAAAUUCAAAGUGCUCCAGCCGGCCAUUGGGGGCCCUUGCUUCUCGGGCGGCUGUUGCAGUGGCCAGCUCUGCGGCCAACACCCGCAACCGCAGCUUCUCGCAAGGGACUUAG